AUGUCCAAUGCUGGACGUCGUCGCUCGAAGUAUAUUGAAUGUCACGCCACACAUCGGUUUCACCAUCAUGGUCUUCCUCCGCGUAGGACCGAAGUGAUUGAGCGACAGCGAGGGCGUCAAGACAAAGGCCCGGCGAUAUUCACACACAGCAUAUCUUCGCACUCUUCGCACUUCCGAGGAACAUUAGAAAGGAUCCGGAUCGAGAAAGAUGCGUCGCUGAGAGCGGUGCUAGGAAUUCCAUUGAUCCACCAAUUCCAUAUUUUGCGUUGCAAAAUGAUUUGGACCGAAGAUGAAGUGCCGACGUUAGGUGAAGGUGACCGCGCAGGUCAACUGAAGCUGUUGAACACCAUACAUCUAGAGAGGCAGCGAUGA